CUACAUUCGAGUUCUACGUGAGUCGUCUAAUGCGCAUGCGCAGAUCAACACUUUUCAGAAUGGCACUGCGCGUCUUGCGAUUUAAUUUGGCUUUGAAUCGCAGUUUGCUUAAGACAACUGUUGUCUGCAACAAACGGCACUUGUCAGAAAAAGCGUCCUCCAAUUCGAAAGCAUCCGUUUCUACCGAAAAUAUCGAUCAUGUUCUCUACACAGAGGAACAUUUUGCAUUAAAAGCAUCUUUGAGAAAGAUCAUUGAUAAAGAGAUCAACCCUUAUGUCGAUAAAUGGGAGGAAGAAGGACUAUUUCCCGCUCAUAAGAUCUUCAAAAUCCUGGGUAAUGCGGGAUUUCUAGGAGUCAACAAACCUGUGGAGUAUGGAGGUCUGGGGUUGGACUUUAGCUAUAGUGUGGCUGUUGCAGAAGAACUGGGGAACAUCAACUGUGGAGGAAUUCCCAUGGCUAUCGGCGUGCAGAGUGACAUGGCUACACCUGCACUGGCGAGGUUUGGUUCUGCAGAGCUCAAGAGAGAGUUCUUGCAGCCCACUAUAAUGGGUGACAUGGUGGUCUGCCUCGGGGUGAGCGAAACAGGGGCCGGCUCUGAUGUAGCAAGCAUCAAGACUAAAGCUGUGCGCAAAGGAGAUGAAUUUGUCAUUAAUGGAGGAAAGAUGUGGACUACUAAUGGCACUCAGGCAGACUGGAUGUGCCUCCUGGCCAACACCAGCGAUGGCCCUCCACACAAGAACAAAUCCCUAAUCUGCUUACCUAUGAAUCUGCCAGGCGUUCACAUCGCACGUAAGAUUGACAAAAUAGGCAUGUGGUCAUCGGAUACAGCAGAGGUGUUUUUCGAUGACGUGCGUGUGCCCUGCAAAAAUGUCAUAGGGCAGGAGGGAAUGGGCUUCACGUACCAGAUGCUUCAAUUCCAAGAGGAGCGACUCUGGGGGGUGGCCAAUAUUCUGACGACCAUGGAGAAAGUUGUCCAAGAGACCAUUAAUUACACCAGACAGAGGAAGGUCUUCAAUCAGCCCAUUCUGUACCACCAGGUCGUUCACUUCAGGCUGGCUGAGCUGCAGACAGAAAUCGAACUGUUGCGCUCCCUUUUGCAUCGCGCCACAGCUUUGUACAUUAAGGGAAACGAUGUGACAAAGCUGGCGUCAAUGGCCAAGCUGAAGGCAGGACGACUGGCCCGGGAGCUCGGUGACAGCUGCCUCCAGUACUGGGGUGGCAUGGGCUUCACCAGUGACGUCCUAGUCAGCAGGUUCUACAGGGACUCCAGGUUAAUGUCCAUUGGUGCAGGAGCUGACGAGGUGAUGCUGUCAAUCAUAUGCAAGUACAUGGACACUCUUCCCAAGAAGUGACAUCACCAAUAUGAGUUCAGUUUGAAAACAAAGUGCCCUUAAAAGGAAAAUCUGACACUUAAUAUAAAUGAAAUACAGUUAUAUCAAUUAUAAAAGCCAUUAACAACCUUAAGAUGGAUGAGUUGUACCUUGCAGUGAAAAAUAGAAUAAUAAGGUAUUUUACUUGAUGAAGAACUUUAUAUGUAGUUAUAUGUAAUUUAUGUACAUUUAGAUUAUAGUUUCAUAUGAAUGUUUGUUGUUAUGGAUGAAAAAAAAUAAAGAUGUCAUAAUUCUUCAGUA